AUGGCCGCCGUCCCGCCCGACUCCUGGCAGCCGCCCACCGUCUCCAUGGAGACCACGAUGGGCCCGCUGGUGCUGGAGCUGUACUGGAAACACGCCCCCCGCACCUGCAAGAACUUCGCCGAACUCUGCCGCCGCGGCUACUACAACGGCACCAAGUUCCACCGCGUCAUCAAGGACUUCAUGGUGCAGGGGGGGGACCCCACCGGCACCGGCCGCGGCGGCGCCUCCAUCUACGGCAAACAGUUCGAGGACGAGCUGCACCCCGAGCUGAAGUUCACCGGCGCUGGAAUCUUGGCCAUGGCCAACGCGGGGCCGGACACCAACGGCAGCCAGUUCUUCCUGACGCUGGGGCCGGCGCAGUGGCUGGACGGGAAACACAGCAUCUUUGGGAGGGUGUGCCAGGGCAUGGGGGUGCUGGGCCGGCUGGCCAUGGUGGAGACCAACGCUCAGGAUCGGCCCCUCGACGACGUCAAGGUCAUCAAGGCGUUUCCUUCGGGGUAGUGGGG